UAAACAAACAUGGCGGAAGGUGAGGUAGAAGCCCCGGAAUAUUUCGUUAUUAACAAUAUUCCCGUGGCCUUUCGCUCCGCAGACCUGAGGAAUUACUUUAGUCAGUUCAUAGAAAGUGGCGGCUUCCGGUGCUUCCACUACCGCCACCGACCGGAGGUCCUCAGAGACUCCAGACCGGCUGGAAGUUUGGGAGAGCGUGAUGAAGACGGUGAGACUGAACCGGAGGGGCUGCCGGAGCCCUCCGGUCCGACACAGGCGGGGAAGUCCUGCUGUUGUGUCGUUGCUGUUCGCCCGAAAGACGCCGAGAGGUUCGUGAAGAUGUAUGCGGGGAAUCACUGGAUCGACUCUAAGGGGAGCUGGCUCUCCAAUCGCUGUGUGAUCAGGAGAGUGAAAAUCUCCUCCGAUAAAGAUGAUGUGUCAUUCCCCUAUAAGACAAAGUAUGAGCAGCGCCGUCACAUUGCACUCUCAGAGCGCUUCACAGAGGCAGACCUCAAAACUUUAUCGGAGCUGAAUCCACCCGCUCUGAUGCAGAAUGGGAACGUUGGCACACCGGUGAAGGUGUUCCUCCAGCUCAUCCAGGCCUGCCGCCUGCCUCCGCGCCUCAUUCGGAAGUUGGGCCUCACUUUUCCCAAGACCAGCUGUAACCGUCGCUAUGGGAAUGUAUAUUUUCAGUACCGCAACAGUCACACAGUUCCAGCCACAGAGGAGACUGUCUUAACAGCUGCUGGGCAUGAAAUAUCAGGACCUGGAAAGCUACCUGCAUCACUGUCUGGAAAAACAAGACAGCAGGCUGAUCAAGCAGAAACAACAGAGACUGAUGAGGUACGGAAAGAAGAAGGUGAAGAGGAUGCAGAGUCAAAUACAGAUGAUGAUGAUGACUGUUGUGAGGAGUGGGAGCGUCACGAGGCUCUGCACGACGACGUGACAAGCCAGGAGCGAAGCAAAGAGCGGCUGUUUGAAGAAGAGAUUGAGCUGAAGUGGGAAAAGGGUGGAUCUGGCCUGGUGUUCUACACCGAUGCUCAAUACUGGCAAGAGGAAGAAGGAGAUUUUGAUGAACAAACCGCAGAUGAUUGGGACGUCGACAUGAGUGUUUACUAUGAUAAAGAUGGAGGUGACAUGGACGCUCGUGACUAUGUCAAAAUGCGUUAUGAGACGAGGCUGAGGGACGGCGUCAUGGAUGGCUCUGGGCAUAAUCAGGCUAUUGGCAGCUUUGAACGAUUCACUAAAGGCGUUGGUCGUCGUGUGAUGGAGAAGCAGGGCUGGAAGGAUGGAGAAGGACUAGGCAGCAGUCAGGCUGGGAUUCCUGAAGCCCUGGAGAAUGAGGGUCAACAUCCUAACUGCAAAAGAGGGUUUGGGUAUCAUGGAGAAAAACUGCUUUUACAUCCCGGUAAAAAGGCCACAAGAGAUUGGAAUAUAACUACAGUCUACGAUGAACCCAAAGAUAUAGACAGGGGCGACACCUUGCUGCGAAGACAACCUCACACCAGUUUAAAGUACAGAGGGUGGCAACCAGGUGGCAGCAUUGGACCAUACAAAAAACAAUAAAUCUGACUCUUUACACAAGCCAGGGUGAUAUGUAUAUUUUGUUUAUUGACUUGAUAUUAAAACAUUUUC